AGGAAAAAUAGAGGAGAGAGAAGAAGAGCAAAGUUGCAGUCUUUGUGGAUAGAGAAAUGAAUACGUAUGUCAACCGUAUUUAACUGACCGUUCCUGCGCUGUGCACGUUAGCAAUUCCGACGACGUCACCGGGAAACUCUGAAUCGGUUGGGACGUCAUGGCCGAGUUGACUCAGGCAGAUGUGUACUCGCCUCGGUCGAUGCAAGUGUGGAGAACACUCCUCAACUGGCUCGCUUUCUUCUUCCAGAUCUUCACCCAGAUCAUCAGAGUGGUGGGUCACCAUCCGCUCCUCUCUUCCGCCUCGUCUUCUUCAUCUUCCUCGACGCACCGUUUCAGGCCCUUGCCUGUCGUCGACUCUCCGGAGAUCGAGUCUCCUUCGGCGAUUGAGAUCGCCGCCGUUUGUGACUCCGCCACUGUUGCCGAGGAACGAAUCGAGAAACUCACGGUAGUUCUUGACUUGGAUGAAACUCUAGUAUGUGCAUAUGAGACCUCUAGUCUGCCUCCAGCUCUUCGUAAUCAAGCAAUGGAAGCUGGAUUGAAUUGGUUUGAACUUGAAUGUGUCUCUUCAGACAAGGAAUUUGAAGGGAAACCUAAGAUCAAUUAUGUUACUGUCUUUGAACGUCCUGGCUUACAAGAAUUCUUGAAGCAACUCAGUGAAUUUGCUGAUCUUGUACUUUUUACUGCUGGGCUUGAAGGCUAUGCUAGCCCCCUUGUUGAUAGAAUAGAUAUGGAAAAUCGAUUUAGUCUUAGACUUUAUCGACCUUCAACAAUCAGUACGGAGUAUAGGGAACAUGUGAAGGAUCUGUCAUGCAUAUCAAAGGAUUUAUGCCGAACUGUUAUUGUAGACAACAACCCUUUUAGUUUCUUGUUGCAACCUGUAAAUGGAAUUCCGUGCAUUCCAUUUUCUGCAGGGCAGCCACAUGAUACUCAGCUUCUGGAUGUCCUCCUUCCACUCCUCCAGCACCUCUCUCAGCAGAAAGAUGUAAGGUCUGUUCUGUAUGAAAGGUUCCACAUGCCUGAAUGGUUUCAAAAACAGGGUAUCCCUGCUUCUGGUUGGACAGUGUAGGACAAGAUUUAGGCGCAGUCUGCAAUUCUCCCGUUCUGUGUACAAUUACAGUCAGCACCAGCUUUGUUGCUGAGAUGCAGCAUUCUUGACCUUUUGUAUAGCAUUUGCAUUAUGAAGUCGCCAAUGAAAGCUCGCAAAGAUUUACAAAAGGAUUUAUCUGCUCUAACACCUGUUCCAACAUCCAAUAGGCCAAAACAUUAUAUGUAUUAGGUCCAUAAAGAUUCUUGAUUUUUAAUAUAAUUUUGUUCAUAAACGUGCAAUCCUGUUUGUCGUUAAUGUUAUCCUCCCAGAUCUACUUUAUCUCUUCUCAAUGGAUGCUGAAUAGUUGGUCCUGUUUGGCACUUGAAUAGUCAAUGCUCACUGCUUAGCAAUUAACAUAUCCUUUACUC